AUGGGCGACGAUCCCGCCCACGGCCACGGGCGGCACUAUUUCGCUAACGGCGGAUUCGGGGGCCAAUACGGAUAUGGUGGCGGCAGGGGAGGCUGUGGGUAUGGGGGCGGCGUGUAUGGGGCCGGAUCUGGGGGGUAUGGGUACGGGUAUGGCAACGGAGGGGGUGGGUACGGCGGCUAUGGAGGGAAUGGAUACAACGGUGGGGGUGGCUACAGUGGUGGUGGCGGUGGUGGAUACGGCUAUGGAGGGAAUGGGUACAAUGGGGGGUGGAGUGGGGGGUGGGGAGGGCCCGGGUACGGGGACGCCUACCGGGACCUGAACAGCGUGCAGCUGCCCAGCCAGGACUUUGGCGGAGUUGCCGAAUUUGUGAAGGACUUUUACACGGAGACGGUGGUGGCGCCGGGGGCGAUGGGGCCGGAGGAGGCUAGGCGGUAUCUGGAGGAGAGGGACAUACACCUGCAGGGGGAGGGGCUGCCGCCUCCGAUCACCAGAUUCGACGGCGCCAACUGGCCAGACCACGUGAAGAGGGCAAUCGAAGGGGCCAGGUUCGAGGAGCCAACAUCGAUCCAGGCAGUGGGUUGGCCGUUGGCUUUGCAGGGUCGAGAUCUGAUCGGAAUCGCAGAAACGGGGUCGGGCAAGACACUGGCGUUUCUACUGCCAGCGAUCGUGCACAUACUGGCCCAGUCUUUCCUUGAACCAGGGGAAGGACCAAUUGUCCUAGUGAUCGCACCUACAAGAGAGCUGGCUGUCCAGAUCAAGGAAGAAGCCAGGAAGUUUGGGGCAUGCAACGAUCCUCAACAGUGCAUCAAAGUCGCCUGUGUGUAUGGGGGUGCAUCAAGGGGCCCACAAAUCCGGGAACUGAGGGGUGGUGUUGAAAUAGUGAUUGCAACCCCUGGUCGGCUCAUUGACAUGCUUGAGAGUGGGUGCACAAACCUAAGGAGGGUGACGUACUUGGUGCUGGAUGAGGCAGAUCGAAUGCUGGACAUGGGCUUUGAGCCACAGAUCCGCAAGGUUGUCACCCAGAUCCGUCCCAACCGCCAAGUGCUCCUGUGGUCUGCAACGUGGCCCAGGGUGGUUGACCAGCUCGCAAAGGACUUUCUUGUCAACCCUGCAAAGGUGACCAUUGGCUGCCAGGAUCUAAAGGCUAACCACUCGAUCACGCAAAUCGUGUUGAUGGUCCAAGAAUAUGAAAAGCAUGGAAAGCUGUGUGAGCUCUUGGAGCAGAUAUACGAUGGCACAAGCAAGAUAUUGAUUUUCUUCAAGACAAAAAGGAAGUGCGACGAGGUGACAGGUCAGCUGAGGACUGAUGGAUGGCAGGCCCUCUGCAUUCAUGGAGACAAGGGUCAAGAUGAGCGGGACUAUGUGAUGAGGGAAUUCCGAACCGGACGCAAUCCCAUUGUGCUGGCAACAGAUGUUGCUGCUCGUGGGCUUGAUGUCAAGGACAUCAAGUUUGUGAUUAAUUAUGACAUGCCGGGCACUGCAGAGGACUAUGUCCACCGAAUUGGCAGGACAGGACGUGCAGGCGCCCAGGGCACUGCGUUCUCUUUUUUCACAAGCAAGGACGCUGGCAUUGCACGAAGCAUCGUCAAAAUAGUGUCCGAAGCGAAGCAGGACGUCCCUCCACCAUUGCGCCAACUCGCGUCUGCGCCCUUUGACAUGGGUGGUGGUCGUGGGCGAGGGAGGAACGGCUUCGGUAGGGGCCGUGGGCGGGGUCCCGGUCCUGGCCGUACAGGCUUCAACACAAUUCCCCUGGGCAGGCGUGGCGGUGGCAGGCGAGGGCGCUACUGA